CCUUCUUGUUUCCACCGGUUUAUAAAAACGGGCGUACAGGCGGUUUGCUUCAAAACAUUAUGGCGUCGAGAAGAACAUCAACAGUGCCAAGUGGUUUGAAAAGUACCUCCACCGACGCUAAAAGCUCGAAAAGUGGCAGCACUGCUAGUAAACCCAGCAUCCCUGGAAAUGGGAAGAAAAGUGUUAAAUCAAGUGGAACCAUCGUCAAGUCUCGAUACAUGCAGUCUGCUGAGAAGUCAUCUCUUUCAAAGAGUAACUCAUUGACCAACGAGUCUUUUGCUGUUCCGCUGAGACCUUCCUCACCUAAACCCAGUGGUGUCAAACCGAGGGUGGGCACUCCACCAAGACGCUCAAUGGCCCCACAGGCUCUAGCAACAUCAAUUAUGUCACGAGAAACUGAGCAUUCAUUGCUUGGGAGAAGUAUUCUGCAGUCCACUUUCUCAGAUGAACACUGCUUUCGACCAAAUUUUGAUAUUUCAGUCAUUAAAGAAAAGACGAUUAUUGAAAAUGCAGUUCAGCCCGAGAGAAAUCCAGAGAAUGAUAAGAGGAUCAUUGAGAUGCAAACCGUCUUACUGGCCUACCUCACAGCUAAGAUGGAGAGCAAUACUGCAAAGGCUGAGGCUGAGGCAGAGGCAAGGCUCAUGCAGGAAAUGGAGGAAGAAGAGGCGCUGCAUAAUGUGGUCCAGGAGAAGAAACGUCACUACCUCCUCAUGGAAAAGGACAGGCUAGUGAAUGAGCUGCUGGAUUUACAGAUCGCCGCUCUGACUCCUGUGGCUGAAACUGCCAAGCAAUUCACAAAAAACUACAAGUCUUUCGCCACAGCUGUUGACACCACGCGACAUGAGCUGCCUGUCAAGAAUUUCUACAUCGACGGGGACAGAAGGGAAUUCCUAGAUAAAGCUGAGGCUUGCCUGAAGGAGAGUGAGACGUUGCUGAUGGAGUGCACAGAGGGAGAUCAUAAGGACAACAGCACUUCUCUAGAGUGCCUUAGAGACAUGAAAACAACAUCAAAGACCAUCAGUCAGCAGCUGUCAGGUACAUUUUCAGAGCUGCUGGAGCUGUCAACAUUGGUCUGCCGCCACACCAUCCAUGUCCAGCAGGCCAAGGAGGAAGAACAGCUCGGGACUGCAAGAACCCACCAGCUCUUCUGCCCCAAACAGUGAAGGAUACCACGCAGCAUGGGAUACACAGUACAUGCACUUUGGAUACCCCCCCCCCAACCCAUACUUUCCCCCAUUUUACAUAUAUUUGUACCUCUUGUGUCUUGUUUUUUUUUAUGUAUGCAGUCUGAUUUCUUUGCAGCUGUAUUGUGAUGUAUUGUAAAUGCUAAAUAAUGACUGAUACUUUUUAAUACUUUUAUUGAUGUAACAUUGGUAAUAAAUACAACUAGAACCAAUAAAAAAUUUAA